GGGAUUUGAUGGCCUGUUGGGACAGUGCGCUUGCUGCAGUCGCUGGCACUGUUUCAGAUGGCGGGGCGGGAGCUGCAAAACUGGGGAAGCUUUCCAGCCGAUGUGCCAGGAUUGCGCCGCCAGUUGUCAGCGAGCUCUUCUGCAAAGUGGCAUCUUUUUCUGGGAUUUCAAAGCAUCCCUUGAUUUGCAUUUGCCUGGAGGCAUCUAUUCAAUAGAGCCGGCUCUCUGAAUUUAUCCAUCUUUACCUUUUUCAUCGGCCCCUGUUGCAUCGAUCUCGAUUUCAAAAACCCCAUCCCGCAAACCGCCGUGGUACGACAUCACCACCAUGGUUCUCCUCAAGAGCUUCGUGCUCGCCGGCCUCACGGUUGUUGUCGCGGCCAAGUCUGCCGUCCUCGACCUUAUCCCUAGCAACUUCGACGAAGUCGUUCUCAAGUCCGGGAAGCCCACCCUCGUCGAGUUCUUCGCCCCAUGGUGUGGCCAUUGCAAGAACCUUGCCCCUGUCUAUGAGGAGCUCGCCCACUCCUUCGAGUUCACCAAAGAUGUCCAGAUUGCCAAGGUUGAUGCCGAUGCCGAAAGGUCGUUGGGCAAGCGUUUUGGUGUCCAGGGUUUCCCUACACUGAAGUGGUUCGAUGGCAAGAGUGACAAGCCAACAGAGUACAAUGGUGGACGUGACCUCGAGGCUCUGACCGCCUUCAUCACCGAGAAGACUGGUAUCAAGUCCAAGAAAAAGCUCGCUCCUCCCAGCAGCAUUGCCUACCUGACCGAUGCUACCUUCAAGAACACCAUUGGCGGUGACAAGCACGUUCUUGUUGCUUUCACUGCUCCCUGGUGCGGACACUGCAAGAGCCUUGCCCCCACUUGGGAGUCUCUUGCCACCACCUUCGCCAACGAGCCCAACGUCGUUAUUGCCAAGGUUGAUGCCGAGGCUGAGAACAGCAAGGCCACCGCCAACGAUUAUGGUGUGACGUCGUAUCCCACCAUCAAGUUCUUCCCCAAGGGCAGCACCACUCCCGAGGAUUACAACGGUGGCCGUUCUGAAGAGGCCUUUGUUGCCUUCCUCAACGAGCAGGCCGGUACCCACCGCGCCGCCGGCGGCGGUGUUGAUGCCACCGCUGGCACCUUCGCCGUUCUCGAUGAGAUUGUCACCAAGUACAUUGGUGGCACCCCCCUUACCGAUGCCGCUGCCGAGGUCAAGAAGGCUGCUGAGAGCCUCAAGGAAGAUGCCCAGUACAAGUACGCCGAGUACUACAUCCGCGUCUUUGACAAGCUUAGCAAGAGCGACAGUUUUGCUGCUAAGGAGCUCGCCCGUUUGGAGGGUAUCCUCAAGAAGGGUGGUCUGGCCCCUACCAAGCUUGAUGAGCUUACCACCAAGACCAAUAUCCUCCGCAAGUUUGUCGAGAAGGUCACUGGUAAGGAUGAGCUUUAAACAAGUGUGGAUUUGGUGAUACAGAAAUUAAUAAAAGGCAAACGUUCUCCUAAGGCUGAAAAAGGCGUACGCGUUGAGGGCGAGUGAGAUGGCACGUGUAUGAUAAUAUUUGGGUAGCAACAAAGGAAGUGUAUCCCAUGAGGUUU